UAUCUCUUCUGUUCUAUCUGGUUCGCGCCAAGCUCCGCCACCCGACUCUCUCAACGCUCUCUUUCACCAGAAAUGAUACCGAAGCAAUUGCGAACAGUCUUCACCGGCGCCGCCGUCAUCCUCGGCGGAAUUUGCACUCUCAACUUCGCUUCUUUUCUCACUAUUCAAACGCUUCGUCUCACCGCUGAAGCCAAACGGAGAAAGAUUGCUUUGCCCUGCAAGGCUUGUAGAGGAAAAGGAUUCUAUAUAUGCAAAUUAUGCCAAGGAAAUGCUGUCAUUCAGUGGUCGCCAUUGUCUGAUCCUAUUGCCAUGAACCCCUGUGUGUGCCCGACUUGUGAGGGAAACAGGGUACAACGUUGCCUAAACUGCCUAGGUAAAGGAUAUGAAGUAUGAUUGAUUUAUGACAUUGACAACAAGUGUGAAUUGGCCUAUAUGAUUCUCAGAAAAGUCAGAAGAAUUGUCUUGUAAGAUUGGUCGAGGUGUACACAAGCUGGUCCGGACACUCACUGAUGUAAAAAAAAGAAGGAUAGAGAAAAAUAAAAAACCUUCCUGUCUUUUUUGUGAUUAUAAACGACUGUUAUUAUACAUUUUUCUUCAUUGUUUUUUCAUUAUUUGGAAAUUGUAGGUUCGUUUCUAGUUUGUGAAACUUUGGAAUUAUAGAUAUAAUUGUUGGUGUGGGUCGUGGCCUUGUGGGUGAACUAUGCAUGCAUAGUAUUGCAUACAACUGGGAUAUCUUUGUAUACGUUUCUGAUUCUCCUUUUAUUUUUGUUUGGUGU